GACGAGACGAGAGAGACUGAGAGAAAAUCAAGCAUCAACCACCACCACCGGCCACUGACCUACCGACCACGCCGCCGGCGCCGGCCUCUCCAAGCUCCGUCAUGCCAAUUUCAAAUAGCAAUCUGUCUUGGAGAAUCAGUUGGUAGAGGCUUAGUUUCUGAUGUCAACACCAUUGUCCCUUUUACACUACCUCCAGUUUUGUUGCCCACUUUAUCCUAACUGAUAUUAUAUUCUGCAUAACCAGUUACCGGGUGAACCUGUUUUAUGUUAACUCUUUCAAACAAAUCAUAACAGUUUCCUCUCCUCUCCCAUGUGUUGUCGUCACUUCCACUCAUGUCCCCCCCUAUUUCACUGCCACCAUCAGUUCCAAACUCUGUUCUUUCUUCUUUCUUCUUUUUCUCCUUGGUGAAGUUCAGAGCAAACUACAAGCAGGCUUUGCUUGUUAUAAUGCCCCAGUGAAGGGUCAGAGUUCAUAAGCAAAGUAAAUUAAUCCAAAGAGUAUACAUUUCCUUUGGUCUCUGCAUUCAACCAAAGUUAGUGGAUCUUCAAAUAAUCAUGUACAUUUUUCCUAUGCUAUACAUUUUAGUUGUCUUAAUUUCAUCAAGAACCAGAUCCAUUUCAUUUUCAUUUUGCUGAAUUGGGAGGAAAUAUUCACUUUGGUUAUACACCAAUAUUUUCUGCUUCUUCACAAACCAAAAAGAAAAACCAUCUUCUUUCUAUAUCAGGAAAUUAUGAAUAAUAGCUUUCCAUUUUGUCGAUUUUCAACUUACCUUAAUUCUGUCGCUAUAACUCAGAGCACUAUAAAGCCCAGCAUCCCAGUGGAUUUAGGAAGAAAUUGGAAACCAGUUCCAAUGCCCCACAGAACAAUCCCUGAACCCAGAGGUCAGGACCUUGAUUUCAUAAAUGUUGCACACAGCCAUCUAAUUCACUCUGAUUGGUCUAAGCUCAGUUCCUUAUCAACCGGUCUAACACCCCUUAGAGUGAAACAUAUAUUGUUAAAGAUUCAGAAGGACCAUGUUCUUUCCCUCGAGUUUUUUAAAUGGGUUGGGAUUCAGAAACCAUGUGGUCAUAACCUCGAAACCCAUUCAAUAAUCCUCCACAUUCUCACCAAAAACCAGAAAUUCAAGUCUGCGGAGUCCAUUUUGAGGAAGGUUCUUGUAUCAGGUUCAAUAGAUGUGCCAUUGAAUCUGUUUGAAGAAAUGCUGCACUUGUACCGCUUGUGUGAUUCUUCGCCUCGUGUUUUUGACUCACUUUUCAAGACUCUUGCGCAUAUGAAGAAGUUUAGGAAUGCCACUGAUAUUUUUUGUCGAAUGAAAGAUUCUGGGUUUUUCCCUACUAUUGAGUCAUGUAAUGCAUACAUGAGUUCUUUGCUUGAUUUGCACAGGAUGGAUAUCACCUUGGCAUUCUAUAAAGAAAUGCAGCGUUAUAGGAUUUCGUCAAAUGUUUAUACUCUUAAUAUGGUCAUGUGUUCUUAUUGUAAAUUGGGGAAAUUGGACAAGGCUGUUGAGAUUUUUAGGGAGAUGGAAGGCAUGGGUUUUAGUCCGAAUAUUGCAUCUUAUAAUACGCUAAUUGCAGGAUAUUGCAAUAAGGCUCUUUUGAGCUCCGUGAUAAAGCUUAAAAACUCAAUGGAGAAGAAUGGGGUCCAUCCGAAUGUGGUUACAUUUAACACACUCAUUUAUGGGUUUUGCAAGGAAGAAAAAUUACAUGAAGCUGGUAAGGUUUUCAAUGAGAUGAAAGCAGUGAAUGUUUCUCCUAAUACUGUGACCUACAACACCUUGAUAAAUGGGUAUAGCCAAGUGGGUAACAGUGAGAUGGGAGGUAGGCUUUAUGAUGAGAUGUUGAGGAGUCAAGUUAAGGCUGAUAUCUUGACUUAUAAUGCCUUGAUUUUGGGACUAUGCAAGGAGGGUAAGACAAAGAAAGCAGCAUAUCUGGUUAAAGAACUUGAUAAGGAGAACUUAGUACCAAAUGCCUCGACCUUUUCUGCCCUUAUUAGUGGUCAGUGUGUGAGGAAGAACUCUGAGCGGGCCUUUCAGCUAUAUAAAAGCAUGGUAAGGAUUGGUUGUCAUCCUAAUGAACAAACUUUCAAGAUAUUGAUAUCAACCUUCUGCAAGAAUGAGGAUUUUGAUGGAGCAGUUCAAGUGUUGAGGGAAAUGAUUGAGAGAUCUAUGACUCCUGAUUCAGGCAUCUUAUCUGAAGUUUUUGUUGGACUUUGUCGGUGUGGAAAAAGUCAAUUAGCAAAGAUGUUAUACAGUGAGAUGGAAGCUAGACAUCUUAUGCCAGCAGGUUUUGAAAUAUCCAAAACCAUCAACUUUGAUGCUGAGAAUGAGAACAAAGCAUCUGGAGAUAAUUGGUAAGGCUGUAUAUACUAUACACCUGAACUUUCCAUGUAACGUAUGGGGUUGUGUGGAUUUCAUUGCCUGACCUCUCCUUGUAACUUUUAAUAAUUAGCCUUUAGUUGUAAGUGCAGUUUUACUAUGACAGCAAAACUAAAGCAAGUUUUGCUUGUAAAAAGAAGUAGCAUAGUUAAAAGUGUUUUGAGUCUUUUGACAAACCACUGUUUUGUUGGUAAUCUCAUUGUUUUAGGCAUAAUAAGGUGCAAUUGUAUACAGAUUUCUUGCUUUGAGUGUAGCAGAUUUUGUGCUCUGCUUCUUAUUAACAUUUUACCGAAGACUCUUUAAGGGCCA